CCCAGAUCAACAGAGCCUUGGCCAUCCCAUUCAAAGUCCAUAUAAAGAUCGAACUGCCAUAGAAACUUGAGUGACUCCUCGAAACUAAGUUCCCAAAAACAAUCCAUAACACUAUAACAAUGGACCGACAAACUGUCUUAAUCGUUGGUGGAGCUGGUGCCCAGGGAAUCCCCAUCGUCAAAGGCAUCGACCCCAAAUACGCCGUCCGCGUCCUAACCCGUAACCCGGACUCCGACACCGCAAAAGACCUCCUCACUCUCCCCAACGUCAGCAUCGCUGCCGGCGAUGCCUCCAACGAAUCCGACCUCCGCAGAGCCUUCCAAGGCGUCGACCUCGCCUUCGUCAACACUAACAGCUUCGCGCUCGGCAUCCGCGCGGAAAUUUUCUGGGGCAUGAGGAUCUUUGAAAUUGCGGUGGAAAGCGGAGUCAAGCAUUACGUCUGGUCUGCGCUCGAAGACACGUUGGCGCUUUCCGGGUAUGAUGAAGCGUGUCGAGUUGGACACUAUGAGGGGAAGAGUCGGGUGACGGAGUGGAUGAAGGCGAAGUCGCAGACGCCAAUGAAGUGGAGCGUGAUUACUACUGGUCCCUAUAUUGAGAUGUUGCACGAGCUGUUCCGGCCGGUGAAGGAGGAGAAUGGGACGUGGGUGUUUCAGUUCCCACUAAAGGAUGGUGCGAUCCCAUUCGUGCAUCUUGAGGAUGUGGGGAAGGCGGUUAAGUGGCUCCUUGAUCACCCUGAAGAGGCUGCUGGUAUGAACUUGAAGACGACUGUGGAACACGCAAGUGGAACGAUCAUCGCUUCGGCCUUCACUGCUGUCACGGGACAGCAGGCUCGCUACGAGCCGAUAUCGAUUGAGCAAUGGUUCCAGGUCACUCCGCCGGGUCCCCCGUCAUACAAGAUGGGGUCAGGAUACGAAGGAAACAGUGCAGAGGAUCCGACGCUGUUGACCAUCGAGCAGAAUUUUGGGAAUUGGUGGCACCUGUAUCAGAGGUCUGGAGGUAACCAAGGACUCAUCAAGACUGAUUAUGGACUAUUAGACAAAAUCUUCCCGAAUAGAGUCAAGAGCGUGGAGGAGUGGAUGAAGAAGGUUCAGUACACUGGGGAGAGGAGGCUUGUGAUUAAGAACUAUAAUGGCCGUUGA